GCGCCUGGGGAGCUGCCGUGCCACCUCCCGCGGCCCACAGCCGAGCUGGGCUCGCCCUUGGUGCCCUCGGCCCGACAAGGCGCCCGGGCCGGGAAACUUCCCCGAGUUGUGGAGCGAGAGCCGCUUUCGGUCGCUCCUCUGCCGGCCCGGGAGGGCCCGAGGCGGGAGAGCGGGCGGCGACUGACGGUGCUCGGGGCUGGGGCGGGCGGGGAGCGCGGAGCUGUGCCGGGCUCGGGCCUGCCGGUGCAGCCCCGGCGGAGCGGCGGCUGCGGGGCGAGGAGAGAGGUGGCCGGGACGGCGGCGCUGGGUCAGGCAGGGCUCCUGCGGGGGGCCCGCGGCACGUGUGGAGUGUGAGGGGACGGGCAGCUCCUCUCCGCAGAAGCGUUUUACAGCACCAGAUGAUAGUUACCAACAGAGUGAGCCUCGAGCUUAGGCGGCUUCACUGUACUCCUUUAGGAUCUGAUUUUUUUCCCCUUUGUUAAAGAAAGAUGCCUUCCUUGAGUGGAAAAGUGCAGACUGUCUUGGGCCCUGUGGAGCCUGACUGUCUUGGCAAAACGUUGACUCAUGAACACUUGACUAUGAACUACAGCAGCUGCUUUUGUCCACCUUCUCCAGGCCAAGAGGCUUUGUCUAAUGGGCCCAUUGAGAUGAAGAACUUGUUUUGGAUUAAGCAAAAUCCCUACAGCCAUAAAGAAAACCUUCUUUUGUAUCAGGAGACAGAUGCUGUGAGGGAGGAGCUGCUGCAUUUUAAAGCAGCAGGUGGUGGGACGAUUGUGGAAAACACAACUACAGGAAUUGGCCGGGAUAUGAAUACUUUGAAGAAACUUGCUGAAGAAACUGGAGUUCAUAUUGUUGCUGGUGCUGGGUUUUAUGUGGAUUCCACUCAUUCUCCUCAAACACAGGCCAUGACAGUGGAGCAGCUGACAGAGAUUAUUGUUGAUGAGGUACUCAAAGGAGCAGAUGGGACUAAUAUCACGUGUGGUGUGGUGGGAGAAAUAGGUUGCUCCUGGCCUUUGACUCCCAGUGAACACAGAGUGCUUCAGGCAACAGCACAGGCUCAGUCACAGCUUGGGUGCCCGGUUAUCAUCCAUCCUGGCAGGAACAGCGACUCCCCUUUCCAGAUCCUCCGCAUCCUGCAGGAAGCUGGGGCUGAUGCUUCAAAGACAGUCAUGUCUCAUCUCGACAGGACCAUCUUUGAUAAAAAGAAACUUCUUGAAUUUGCUAAGCUUGGAUGUUACUUAGAGUAUGACCUGUUUGGUACAGAGUUCCUUCAUUACCAGUUCCAUCCGGAUAUCGACAUGCCGAACGACAAUGAAAGAAUUGCAAGGAUUUGUAUGCUGAUUGAUGAAGGCUAUGAAGACAGAAUUCUGAUGGCUCAUGAUGUGCACACCAAGAACAGGUUGAUGAAAUAUGGAGGUCAUGGAUAUUCACAUAUUCUUAAAAAUAUAGUUCCUAAAAUGCUAAUUAGAGGCAUAUCCCAAGAUAAAAUUGAUAAAAUACUCCUAGCAAAUCCAAAGCGGUGGUUGACUUUUAAGUAGGAGCAAUGAAUAAAUAUGCCUGAUUUAUAAGGAAGCUUGAUAAAAUUCAGAUUUCAGUAGAGCAGUCAUUUUAAAAAAAAAUUCUGAAAAGCUAAAAAUUAAGCAGAUGCAAACAAACGAAUUGUAAUAUUUCUUUUUAAUUAGAACAUAAAAAUUAUAUACUUUCUCUACAUUUUCUCCCUUCUGAAAGUUUGCUCAUUAAUGAUUUAUUGAAUAUGAGCCUACCUACAGAAUCUUUUCUUUUUCUUUCUGAAAUUUUAAAAUGACUGUUUCAAAAGCAUAAUCUGUUACUGAAUGUUACCUCAAAACUACUUCUGAAGAUGUGUCACAUGGAAGGAAAUUUCCUUGAAAGAAAAUUAAUGGUUUGCAGUUAAAUUUCCUGUCUUCAGGGGCUGAUUUUAAUCCUUGUAAUACUGUCAAUCUUCUCAUUAUCCUCAUGUUCUUUGAGUAAUGCUUGAUUGAAAGGUCUGAAAGUUUUAGUUAGCUUCCAUUGACAAGCGAAGGCAAGAGGAAUCUCAAAUCAAAAAAGAUAAGGUUUCUUUCUAGUUUAACAAUUUACUUAAUUGUAAAUGAAAAUGUAAAAAAAUACAUGGAAAAAUAUAUUUUUGAAUAAAGCAUUUUGAUCACCUCUUAAA